GAAGGAAGCAGCAGCAGCCAGAAGUGGAGCGAUAGCUGCGUGGAUUACAGCCGCGGAUACCGGGGCUGGCUCAGGCGGUAAAGGAACGAGGGGCUACGAAGAACCGGGCCACUUCUGCCAUUCAAGCAAUGGAUUUAUACAUACACUAAUGCUGGCAGACUAGUUAGACACAUCUAUUUGCAACUUGUACAAGAAUCAUGGAUGAACAGUGACUUCAGCAUUUAUAAAGGUACACAACUCUGGGAUGAGCUUAUGCCAUGGGAGUGGCAUUGACAAGAGCAGCUCAGUGGACAGCUGCUGGUUCUGGGACUGGCACAUUAGAGAUUACACCACUGAAUGAAUCUCUCUUGAAUGAAAUCAUUAAAUUUACAGAAAGCUUUAGCAGCAGGCAUCCUCAAGAAGCUGACUUUGUCUUUAGGGAGCCACUUGAAUGGCAGACAAAACUAGAACCUUCAGCAUUUGAAGCAGGCUAUGACGUCCGUGAAAAAUCUGUCCAGUCUCAAGAAACAGACAAAGAUGGGCAGCCACUGCUCAUGCUCAGAGGAUCAACAAUCAGUGUUCGCAGUUUUGGGCAGUUGUCCCGUUUACUGUAUGUGGCUGCAGAAAAAAGGCUAAAAGAAACACAGGCAUGCCUUGAAGCCAAUAGAGACCCUAUUGUGAAAAUUCUCGGCCCUGGAUAUGGGACAAUCGAAGGAGAGGAUCUCUCCAUGCUUCGUUUACUCGACAAAGUUAAAAAAGAUGAUGCUUCUGAUAAUGAAAUUAAAAUGAAAAUUUCCCUGCUUCUCCAGCAACUUGAUAUGCAACUACUCAACAGCUCUUUAAAGCAGAUUUCACAAGAAGUGAGGUUAACCCCAGCUGCUGUGAAAAAUGAAAUAGAACUGCUUAAACGUUUCUCUGGGACAACAGAAGAUGCUGUCCUUGAUUCAUUGGAAUACACAUCAGACUAUGAAUUUGCUAAUGGAUGCCGUGCCCCACCUUGGAGACAGGUCCACGGGGAGAUUUGCUAUUUGACCAUUAAACCACGUGACACAGAUGCUAUGUAUGUCACGUGCAGCACAGCAGGAGUAUUUUUAAAUGGAGGACGAGAAAAAGAGAGGGAUGAAAUAAAUUAUGAGAGAAAGAGUGAUAUAUAUAAAGACCUUGUUUCCUUUUUAAGAGAAAGAUCAGUAGUUUUUGUAGAAAAUAUGGCUAAACAGAAAUAUACUUUUUUCGAUGAACCAAAGUAUGAAAAACAUUAUCAACAUAUGGAAGCGGUUGAAGUAGAUGAAUAUGGCCAAGCCCAAAAGUUUUACGACUAUGCAGAAAAGAAUGUCUUUGAGAAGCCUAAAAGUCCUCUUGUAAAAAGUAAGCCUGCUGACAGCAAGAAAUUAGAACCAUCUCUUAAGUGGAAGACCCUGCCUGGCUCUCGAGAAGGCAAAAGAGCAAGGAAAGAAAGCAAGGACGAAAAGGAAAGCAAACCUGUCCCCCCUGAAGGGAAGAAAAGAUCCAGCGCUACACCCACUGGCUCCCUCAAAGGCAGACCUCCCCUAAAACCUGAAGAUGAGAGCGAGAGCGAGAGCGAGAGUGAAGAUGAUGAAGAACAACCUGAACGCCACCAGGAGAUCAAUACAGAUUUGCCAUCAGAAUACUGGCAGAUUCAAAAAUUAGUAAAAUAUAUAAAGGCAGGAAACCAGACAGCAACAGUAAUUGCAUUGUGCUCAAUGAGAGAUUUUAACUUGUCUCAAGAAACUUGUCAGUUGGCAAUUAGAGAUGUUGGAGGUCUUGAAGUGCUGAUUAAUUUGCUUGACACAGAAGAAAUCAAAUGUAAGAUUGGCUCAUUAAAAAUCCUGAAAGAAAUUAGCCAAAAUGCACAGAUCAGGCGUACAAUUGCUGAUCUUGGAGGAUUGCAAAUCAUGGUGGAUAUACUCGAUUCUGUCGAUCAGGAUCUGAAAUGUUUAGCUGCCGAAACAAUAGCCAAUGUGGCCAGAUUCAGACGAGCACGAAAAACAGUCCGGGACCAUGGUGGAAUUAAGAAACUCGUCGGACUGUUGGACUGUUCAGCAACAGGAUCAGCAAGUCCCACUCAGGGAAAGGAAAUUGAAGUAGCACGCUGUGGGGCUUUAGCACUUUGGAGCUGUAGCAAAAGUGCCAGUAAUAAAGAAGCAAUACGUAAGGCUGGAGGCAUCCCACUGCUAGCUCAGUUACUCAAAUCUCCUCAUUCAAACAUGUUAAUACCUGUGGUAGGAACUUUGCAAGAGUGUGCAUCUGAGCCAAGCUACAGACUUGCAAUUAAGCAGGAGAAGAUGAUUGAGAACCUUGUGAAAAAUCUGAAUAGUGACAAAGAAGAGCUUCAAAUGCAUUGUGCCAGUGCUAUCUUUAAGUGUGCUGAAGAUCAGGAAACACGUGACCUUGUUAGGCAGCAUGGAGGCCUUAAACCUCUUGCUACUUUACUUGCUAAUUCUGAAAACAAAGAACUUCUGGCAGCAGUAACGGGAGCAAUCUGGAAAUGUGCAAUCAGCAAAGAAAAUGUGACCAAAUUCCGGGAGUAUAAAGCUAUUGAAGCUUUGGUUGGCUUGCUAACAGACCAGCCAGAAGAAGUCCUUGUGAAUGUUGUUGGAGCUCUCGGUGAAUGUUGCCAAGAACAAGCCAAUCGGAGUAUUAUUCGCAGGUGUGGUGGCAUUCCUCCCCUUGUUGCUUUACUCACUGGAACCAAUCAGGCUCUUCUUGUAAAUGUUACGAAAGCAGUGGGAGCUUGUGCGACAGAACCUGAGAAUAUGAUGAUAAUUGAUCGCUUGGAUGGUGUGCGUUUGUUAUGGUCCUUGUUGAAAAAUCCUCAUCCAGAUGUUCAGGCAAGUGCAGCCUGGGCUAUCUGUCCUUGCAUUGAAAAUGCAAAGGAUGCUGGUGAAAUGGUUCGUUCAUUUGUUGGUGGCUUGGAACUGAUAGUGAAUUUACUAAAAUCGGAUAACAAAGAAGUCCUGGCAAGUGUGUGUGCUGCUAUCACCAACAUAGCAAAGGAUGAAGAAAAUUUAGCUGUUAUAACAGAUCAUGGUGUUGUCCCUUUGUUGUCCAAACUAGCAAAUACAAACAACGACAAGUUAAGGCGUCACCUGGCAGAGGCCAUUUCUCGCUGCUGCAUGUGGGGAAAUAACAGAGUUGCCUUUGGCGACACCAAAGCUGUCGCCCCUUUAGUCCGUUACUUGAAGUCUAAUGACCCAACAGUUCAUCGAGCUACAGCACAAGCCCUCUAUCAACUUUCAGAAGAUCCCAACAAUUGUAUCACGAUGCAUGAAAAUGGGGUGGUAAAGCUUCUGCUGGGUAUGGCAGGCUCGACGGAUGAAACGCUUCAGGAAGCAGCAGCUGGUUGCAUAGCAAACAUCCGCAGGCUGGCUCUAGCUACAGAGAAAGCAAAGUAUGGCUGAAACUCGACACAGUUUUUACCAAGUCUUAAGAGGUUUUGUUUUUUAAUACUGCACCGGACUAGUUCAGAGUGAGCAAAUACUGAACUAGAAUUCCUUAGAAAUUUAAAUGUCUUCAAAAACACAGGUGCUAUGUACUGGAAUAUAAUGUAACAAAAGAAGAAAGAAAGAAAGAAAAACAUAUUAAAGUGUAUUUUUCCCCUGAAUGCAUUCAUAUACUUGGAUGGAUGUAUUUUAAAGUUAUUAACAUUUACCUGUUCCAAAGUUACAGCAGUGAAUAUCCUAACAUGUUCUCAGCAUAACAGCGCAGUCCUUUCAUAUCUUUUUGAAAUACAUGUUAGUAUGUCUCAGAUCCUGUAAUAAAGCUAUUUUC